AAUUAAAAUGUUUAUACCAACUAUACUAAUGGAUAUAUUUUGUAUGCGGAUCUGAAACUUAAAAAUAUUCUCAAACAUAGACGAUGUCGCGGUUGUUUAUUUCGAAAUACGGACUACUAUAUCAUCGCAUAGCGAUCGGUCAACAAACAAAAAUGUUACGACUUCUUCGUCACCGCGCCCUAGGUUAAUGAUCGAGUGCAAAUUGUUUAAAGACAAAAAAAUCGACGAUUCUGUCAUGUUUCGAGACAGCUACGACUCACUGGGUACAAGAACGCUGCCUGGACGCGAUCGGUCUUCACCAUCGUCGUCGAUUUGCCCCGCGAGUCGUGCAGGGCGACCAGAAAGCGCGUCCGGUCAAGUAUCGGGUCAUGAAUCGCUUCCGGUCUUGUUUUCCGACGUGCCGUUGUUCGACGGCGACGACGACGAUGGUGGCGAACGGACGUUCCAAUGUACGUUGGCCAUUAUCAAACCGGAAGUCACCCGGCUGAUGCACAAGGUGGAAUGCGUAAUGGCACAAAAUGGAUUUAUCGUCAUAAUGAAGGAAGUGUUGCGCUUGUCUCGGGAUCAGGCGGCGGAGUUCUACGCAGAGCACGCGCUGGCGACAUACUUUACCAGACUCGUCGAUCACAUGUCCGGGGACCCGAUAGUGGUGUACGUGUUGUCCAAAAGAAAUUGUGUCGAAGAAUGGCAGCGGUUGAUCGGGCCGGCGGAUGUUCCUCGUGCCAAACGUUUGUUUCCGGUCAGUCUGCGAGCCAUAUACGGGGUGGAAAAGGGACCAGAUCCGGUGGCCAACGCGUUCCACGGCAGCGACUCUCCGGCCGCGGCUGAACGGGAAAUCAAAUACUUUUUCCCAAACAUGAAACUGGAUCCGACCACGGAUGUCGAGGAUGACUUGGUGGAGUACAUAAAAGACGCCAUGAUGCCAACGAUUUCCAAAGGUCUAUCGGAAAUGUUCAACAUCCAACCCAACGACCCGCUAAGGUGGUUUGGAAAUUGGUUGUUGACCAGGAAUUAAUAAUGUAUGCGCAUACAAUAUUAUUAUUAUAUUAGGUACCUAUCUCACGGUUCAAUAAAAAUAUAUUAUUUUAUUCA